CCUAACAAUAAAAAUUAAAGCCAACCCAAUUGCUUUUAUGAAGUGAACUUAUUUUGCUGAAUUUGAUUUGUACGAAAAUCAAACACACAUAUUUCAAUUAAGAAAUCAAGGCAUAAAUGUAAAAAUGUAUUAAAAAACAUCUAAAUUGUGCAGGUAACAAGAAUGACGCCUGCAGUAGAAACAGCUGUUAGCUGCCAGUGUUGCCAAAAUAAUUCUUCAAACGAAAUAAGCUGAACUGAGACGGUGCCAUUACGGAUAAUUUGUGAAAAUUAAUAAAAUACAUACAAACAUUUAACAAUCUGAGCAUUCAGAAUGUCGUACUUACUCACAGAAAUAGCUCUCGAAAUGCUGGGCUACAAAUUCUAUGAUACGAACGGCACAUUCCAUUUGACGAAUUUUCAACAAUCGACGCCAUCCUCAUCAAAUGAUAAAGAUUUGGAUGAGCCUCCCCUAUCCGAAUUCAUUGAUCAGCCGGCUUCUACAACUAUCCAGAAUGGUGACGCCAGCAAUGACCAAGAGGUUCCGACAACGAGUAGUUCCCACAACGAUAGUCAAGCAGCAAAGCCGGCAGAAAAUUUAGAAUCUAAGGUACGCCGUACGCCCGCCAAAGCUCUGGCCAAGAUCAAGAGCUACGAAAGCGACAAAAUAAAAGUACAAAUUAAAGCAAGAGUACAAAAGUCAAUAGACGAACAGAAGACUAAACCAAAUGAGCAGGAAUUGCAAAAAUUUCUGGACGAUGAGAAAAUGAAAGUGAUGGAGGAUGCGGCCACAAUGCGACAUUUUCGCGAGUACCUCGAAGAUCGGCUGCAACGUAUGGACUCGCGUUUGUUCGAAAAAUAUCAGCGGACGUUUCGAAAGGAUUAGAGUUAAGAUUCCAGCAGUUCAGUUAUAAUAAUUGCUUAGUUUUAUUUACAUUGUAAACAAUAUUCGAUAAAAAACAAGUGUUACCCCAAUUAGUUUAAAUAAAUCCAAUCGUCGCUAACAUUGUGGUCGAUUUCAA